AUGUUCUCCCGCACCUCCUCUUUAACCGUCUUGAGCAGAAGCUGCCGCUAUCUCCUCCGCCCUCACAAUAAUACCCAACGGGCCUCAUUUUCCCUCACCGCGCGCUCCCACUACGCCAUCAACGCCGCUAUGGCCGACACAUCUGGAAUCACCGCAGAAUCGCUGAAGAACAAGUUGACUGAAGUGCUGCAGGCGCAGCAUGUGGAGGUUGAGGAUCUAUCGGGCGGCUGUGGACAGGCUUUCCAGGCUGUGAUUGUUUCCCCCCAGUUCGAGAGCAAGACUAUGCUUGCGCGACACCGGCUCGUCAACUCCGCGCUCAAGGCCGAGAUCGCUGCUAUCCACGCUUGGACACCCAAGUGCUAUACCCCCGAGCAGUGGCAGGCGCUGCAGCAGUAA